AUGUCAGCAGCCAGCCGUCGCCGGAAGAGCAUCAAUGCGCUGGCAUCGCCCACUCGCGUGUCGACACGUCGGACAGCACGGACGGUCAUUGACUUGGCGUGUGACGACGCAGGGGAGAGGGAAAGCAGUCAGGAAAGGGAUGUGAAAGAGGGUAACCGCGACAAUUGCGAGAAAGAGGGUAACCGUGCGAAAAGGGGUGACCGUGAGAACGAGGGUAACACGGAGAGGUACGCGGGAGGCACUGGGGAAGACGAUGGAAGGGAAGGCAAACGCUCGUCUAAGAAUGGGCGUGGGGACAGGAGGGGAAGAGGCAGAGCGCGGGGGAGAGCCGGGAGGAGGGUCUCGACAGGGAGAAGAGGAAAGAACACUGAUGCUGACCAGGACGACCAGGGCGAUAGAGGCGACCUGGACGACGACCAGGGGAACCACGUUGACCAGGUUGACCAGGUUGACCACGUUGACCUGAUUGACCAGGAGGGGAACCAGGGUGAUCAGAGCGACCGGGUUGACCUGGUUGACCAGGGCGACCGGGGUGAUCGGAACGAGGCUGACGACUUGGAAGUUACAGGGGUCCAGGGGAGUAGAAGCGAGCCCGUUGAGGUGGCAGACGAUGACGUGGCACGAGGAGAUGCUGACGUGGCGCCCUUGGAUCGUGUCCAGUUAGCAGACAGAACCUGGGAUGACGUGGCAGCAGCGUCAGGGGUCAUUGAAUGGGCUCCGUCAAGCAAGAAGAAGUACAGAUAUGCGAGGGGAAUAGAGCUCCCCCCCUCUCACUGCAGAUUCGUGCUGGGAUUAGAAGCUCCUCACCCUCCUCACCCUCCUCACAACAGUGCUGUGGAAACGAUUAGAGGCUCCGAGAAAAGAGUUUUAGGGACGUCUGAGCGUUUUGAAAAGAGAGCUCUAGGAACGACUGGGGAAUGUGAGAGAAGAGCUUUAGGGACUUCUGAGGGUAUAGAGAAGAGUGAUCCGCGGAGCAGUGGCACUGAAGCAGGGCUGAGCAGUGCUCGCGGUGAGGAGAGGGGUGAAAGUAGAAGCUCAACGGAAGGGGAAGAGGAGGGAGAGGAGGGGAAGGAGGGGGAGAAGAGGGAGGAGGAUUGGGAGGAGGAGGAGGCGGGAGAGAAGGGGGAGAAGGGGGAGGUGGGGAAGAAGGGGAAGGAAGGGGAGAAGGGGGAGGAUGGUGAUGUGACAGGAGGUCGUGGCAGGCUUUAUGGACGUGAGGAGGUGAGAGAUGGUGGUCCGGAAGGUGUCUGUAGGCUUAGUGAAGAUGCCUGUAUGGGGGAUGGACGUAAAAACGAUGGGGGGAAGGGGAACCAGGUGGAGAAGGGAGGAGGUGGGAAGGGUGGCGGUAAGGAGAGGGGUGGAGAGGACGGGGGUGGAAAGGAGGGUGGCGAUGGCAAGCGGGGUGGUGGUGGUGCUGUGGAUGGUGCUCUAGGCGAUGGGUGUACUGGCAGUGCGGCAGGAGGGAGAGAUGGAAACGGGGAAGAUGAGGAGGGGGGAGAUGGGGAGAGGGAAGAUGGGAAUGGGGGAGAGAAAAGGGGCGAUGGGAAGGCGGGAGAUGAAGGGAGGGGGAAUGGGAAGGGUGGUAAGGAGAAGCCAUGCGCUUCAGUGCAUGAGGCAGGAACCACCACCCAGCAGCACUGCGCUCUUAUUGAGUCUGCUACUAAUGAGAAUGCCCUUCUCGACGCAUCGACCAGUCAGCAACAGGGCGCUGUUGUGGUGUCAUCAGCGGUUGCGACUUCCCAGAAGCGAGCUAUUGUGGUGGCAUCAGCUAUUGAGGCAUCUCAAGAGGGCACUCUCCCAUCAUCAGCUCUUGAGACGUCUCAGGAGGGUGCUAUUAUGGUGGCAUCAUCCCCUGAAGGCCAGCAUGCUGCCUGUCAGCCGUGUUCCCCCCGCCCGUUUGUCUUCACCAGGGACCAGUGCCAGCAGUGGCUGGACAGGUGA